AUGAACGAUAAUAGCGAGCACCUACUACUAUUCUAUGAUGCGUACAAAGAUAACAGAAACAAAUGGGGAAUCGGAUUGAAUAAACUAAACAUUCAUAUAGACAAUUACAAAACAAGCAAAACCAAAUUAUUCUUAUAUGCAUUGUGGAACAUCCUCAUUUUUAUAUAUAUGCUUGAGUUUUGCGUGAACCUAUUUUUUCAUCUUUCUGUGUCACAUGGUAAUCUCGUGAGCAACAGUAUUAUUUCCUUUUCUCUGUUGGAUUCCAUUUUAGUUAUCCUGCUGACAAGCCAAGGAGUACAUGCGUACUCGAAUGACAAAUCAACAGAACUACACACGUGCGCAAAAUAUUUCCAUGUCUUGAGCAUUUGGUGCUCCGUCAAGCUGCUGGUCUAUGUGUUUAUCGCCAUACUGUCCUUUGCGCUUCUUCCUAGUGACAAGCUCAACCACCUUUUUUAUUUUUAUGGAACCAAGGGCGUUUACUUUAACUACUUCAUAGAGAUUGUUAUAACUGUGAACGUGAUCAAGUCCGUGUUAACGUUCUUCACUGGACAAAAACUCCAGUACAUCUUGAGCUGCAUCAGGACGUCCACCAUCCUAAAGAGCAAAAUUCGAAAAGACCUCGAGAAGCAGUCCUUCCUAUUUGAAGACCACACCUAUGGCACAUUCAUGACUGACAUGCGCGAGUGA